GCUAGCCAGAUAUAUCUCGAUCCACCUGCUCAACCUCACACACCGUCGCAAUUGCCGAAACGCUCACAAUUCGCCCUCUGUCUCGCCAGUCAGAACUUUGAUCAACAUGGUCGCCGACUCGGUCAACCUCGGACAUGCGACUUCAGCCUCCACCGCAUCGACUUCAGCUGCGGCCACAUCGACAUCGAAUGCAGAUUCAAGCUCCUCAACGGGUCCCACGCCGUUGAUAGCAUGCGUGAUCGUGGGUGCUCUAUUGCUAGGUCUAGCUUUCCUCUUCUUGCUAGCUCGUCGACUAUAUGGCCGACAACCAACUGCAGCACAGACGGAUCCCGAAGCACAAGGCUCGACGAUCCGCCCCAGAAGAGCGAGUGAGAAGCCUCGACACGUCGGUUUGACCGAAGAGGUGCUCGAUACUUUCCACGCCUAUUCUUGGACCUCAUCGUCAGCAGAUGCUCCUUCGAUGUACGACAAGAAAUGCGAUAGCGAGAAGAUCGACGUUGAGCUUUGCGCUGUGCCGGUUCAACAGAGUCUUCUCAUGUCGCCCGUCGUUCGAAGCGCAAGCCUAGCGUCCGACCGCAGCUCCACCGCUUGCAACUCAUCCACUUGUCACGCUACCAAAGCAACAGAGAUGCCUUGCCUCGUACCGACACUGACACGGGACUCGUUAUUGGAAGUCGACGCGGCAAUCGGUACCAUGUGCGCUAUUUGCGUUCUUCGCUUCCGCGAGGGCGACCAGGUCCGUCAAUUGCCUUGCGAAGGUGGAGUCGAGCACCGCUUCCAUACCGCCUGCAUAGACCCUUGGCUAUGUGCUCGAGCCGUCUGUCCUCUGUGGUAAGUCUCACUGCAUGGCGCACGCCGUACGAAGUGUCGCUGGCGCCAAUCUUGAACGGUCGCACUGACAUCCUGCUGUCUUUUCCCUCUCGUGUCGCAGUCGUACGGAUUUCUCGGCGC